AUGAGUACCAUAUCUCCAUUCACCAUCGCUGUGCCCGACACUCAAAUCAACCAGCUCCAUAAGAAGCUCGAACAAGCUACUUUCCCUGAUGAAUUUGAUACGGCGGGUUGGGACAUGGGUGUUCCACUCGGUGAGAUGAAGCGACUUGUUAAUAUCUGGCGUGAGAAAUUCGACUGGCGAGCACAGGAGAAGAAGUUGAAUAACCUGCUCCAGCAGUAUACGGUGCCUAUCUCAGUGGACGGAUUUGGGGAGCUCGAUAUCCAUGUUAUUCAUCAUCGAAGUGGCAAUCCGAAUGCUAUUCCUCUUUUAUUCAUUCAUGGAUGGCCCGGCAGCUUCCUUGAAGCAACCAAGUUGAUCCCGCUGCUCAUGAAAGAAGACGAAGGACCUGCAUUCGACGUUGUGGUGCCCUCGUUGCCAAACUUUGGCUUCUCACAAGGUGUAUCAAAGAAAGGAUUCGGUCUGGCCCAAUAUGCAGAAACGCUUCACAAAGUGAUGGUAGCCCUGAAAUAUGAUGGAUAUGUUAUCCAAGGAGGCGACUGGGGCAGCAUGAUCGCCCGCGCUAUGGCACAACUAUACGCCAAACACAUUCAAGCCAUCCAUUUGAACUUCAUUCCAGUCAUUCCACCAUACCCAUGGCGAAGUCCCCUCCGUUUCAUCCAGUCUCUCGCCAGUGUUCCAUUCUCAGCCAAAGACCGAGCAUACAUUGCUCGCACCAUGGACUAUCUCACGCGAGGUAAUGCCUACAUGAAGCAGCAGGAGAGUCGACCCGAAAGCUUGGGUUAUGGUCUCCAUGAUAGUCCAGUUGCACUGCUAGCCUGGAUCUAUGAUAAACUCCAUAUUUGGUCGGACGAUUAUCAAUGGAGCGACGAAGAGAUACUGACCUGGGUAAGUAUCUACUACUUCUCACGGGCGGGACCGGCAGCUUCAAUUAGGAUUUACUACGAGGCUUCUGCGAAGAAACCCGAGACUACGAGUUCGACUGGGAAGCAGAAUGAGCAAGUGGACAACUGGAUCACCCUUGAACAGGUCUUGGGCGCUCAUGCACCGCCGAAUGUGCGAUUUGCCGUGGCGCAGUUCAAGGAGGAAAUUAUUAUGUGGCCCAUGGCCUGGUAUCAUGCCAUCGGAAAUGUAGUCAAGGAAAAGGAGUUUGACCGCGGUGGCCAUUUUGCGGCCUGGGAGGUACCUGAACUGCUUGCAGGGGAUCUAAAGGAGUUCUUUGGAAGGGACGGAGCAGCUUACGAAGCGGUUCAGGGCAAAGAUGGCUAUUGA